AUGGACAGAAAGGUGUGCAUCUUCCUAGUAAUCCUCGUGCUAGCUGUGCUCGCUGGCCCGGGCGCGAAGGCGGCGGCGCUCGACAGUGGCACUGGCCGCAUCGACGCGGGUGCGGCGGUGCGACAACUGAUGUCGGCGUCGCAUUCGUCGUCCAUGAAGCUGGACGACGGAGUGGUGCCGGAGCUCGCGGUGGCGUCGAUGGUGGACCUGGAGGUGCACCGCCGCAUCCUCGCCGGCGCACCGGUCAGCCCGGGAGCCCUGAAUCCCAACAAGGGAGUCUGCACCAGGAGUGGUGGGUGCGGGGGGAUGGGAAAUCCGUACACUGGCCGGGGAUGCAACCCAUAUAACUUCUGCCCGCCAAAGUGA